GCCACACCUUACUGGGGUAAGAGUUACACGCGUUACCAGGAGACCGACGCACACAAUAGCAAUUCAGAGGCCUAAAGCCGGCGGGCAACUCUCUGGGGAUCUACACUGGGAGCAUUUAGUGGUGAAACUAAGAGGGAGGCGAUCUGAAGGGCCACCUGGUCUCCCCCCACUAACUCUAGCAUGGCCUGGCGGCGAGACAGCUGGAGCACAUAGAGGAGCACCGGUGUCACAGCUAUAGAAGGACUGGGAAUUUGGUACCACUUAGCAGCUGACAGCAAACAUCCUGUGAUUGAAGUGGCUGAAGCCUGACCAUACUGGGAGAAGAAUGUCAAGGGAGACGUCGCUACAGGUGUACCACCAAAGCCCAGACAAGGGGCAACACUUCCUCCCCAUGAUUUCCGGGAGCAGAGUGAAUGUCGUGGAGGACCGACUGUCCCACCAAGAGAAAACCAUUGGAACGUUACUGGAGCAGGCCUUCAGGAUCAAGGAGGACAUCAUUUUAAACCUACGGACACAGCAGGGAACAUUUCAAGUGGAGAACACCUCGCGCAAACUUCUGGAGAACCAUAUCCAGACCAUCACCAACAUUGUCAAGCAGCUCAGUAAGGACAUAGAGACUCUGGAAAAGCAGAUUAUCCAGAGAGAUAAUGUUUCAUCUGGGACGAGCUUCUUUGUCCAGAGCCUGGAUCAAAAGCACCUGGCUGGCAUUGGAGAUUUGCGGGGUAGAGUUGCCAGGUGUGAUGCCAGUAUUUCAAAACUCUCUGGAGAUAUCAGCUCAGCCACUCGGGAAGUUCAGAAUUUGGGGAAAGAAAUUAAGGAUGUACAGUUAGCCCUGGAAAAACACAUCAGGGAGCUGGAACUGAAGAUGUCACAGGUGCUGGUGAAGCUUGAGGCAUCUCUCUCAGAGCAGAACUCUAACCUGAAAAUGGCUCACGGAGAGCAGCAUCAUGAACUGAAUCUUUUAGAUGUCAAGAUCAGCAGUGUAUUGGAGGACUUGCGUCAGCAGAUCGAGAACCAGAAAAUGUGGGCAGAGGGACAGCUGUCACGUACUCAGCAAAUCCAGACACAGAACUGCAGUCAGCUACACAGCCAGAUUAAAGAGAAAAUAGAAAACACAGAAAAGAGGAUGCAGGACCACAUACAUAUACUAACUGCUAAGCUGAGCCAGGCACAGGAGAAGCAGGACCUGGAAAUUAAAGCAAACAGAGUGAAACAUGUUGAGGAUAAACUGAAUGCACGAAUUAACAGCCUGGAAAAGAAACUGUGGGAGGAACUUGAAUUCAUGAGGCUUGAAUACAAGUCUGGUUUCCAAUCAAUCCAUGAUGCCAUAGAUUCUUUACAUCAAAUAAACGUGACCACAGCCAAGCUGGAAAAGGAGAAAGUUCAAAAAGACAUCAAGAAGAUCAGAAGGAAGAUCACUGACCUAAAACUGUCUAAUGAUUAGGCAAAAAGCAAUUUUAACAUUUCAGAUAUGAUAUCUGAAUAAAACAUUGUUAAGUGUUAAGUUGCCAGAAGCUGUGAUUAUUAAUAAUUACAAUAAUCAAAAAUAGCUUACUCUUUUAUCUUGAUUACAAAACCUUCCUGUUUUGAUGGAAAAUAUAUUGUAUUCCCCAGUCAAAAAAGUUGUUCAGAUUUGGUAAUUUUGUUGCAAGGCUUAGGAUGAAAGAACAUUUUUCAAUCUUGCAUGUAUAAUACAAUGUAAAUAUCUGUGUUUUAUUCUAGUCAAUGUUAAGAACUUUCGCUACAUUUCUAAGUUUUAUCCCCCCCCUACUUUCAAACAUAGCUCAUUAGGCACUCUACUAAGCCUUUGUAUAGGAAUGGCAGCAGUGCAAUCAAUUCCUCUACUGAAACAAUGUGACAGUGUUAAACGAUACAUAUCAAAUUAGAAACUAGAACUAGAAAAA